AUGGAGAUGCAGAGUAACUUUUAGAAGUUUGCCAAAAUUGAGGAAAAAGCAAAAUAAAGAACUGCCUUUAUUGUCAAGAAAAUGAAAAAUUUCAGAUCUAGAUUUAUGAAACAAGUAAAGUAUGAAAUGACUAGAAAAUCAGUAAAAAACUUGCCUUAAGAGGAGUUCAAUGAUGAAUUUGUCUCAGCUGACGAAUACAGAGAAAUAUUGAACCAAGAUCUUAAGGAUGACAGUAUUUAGGAUGAAAAAAUGAUUAAAAUAUCAUUCUUAGACAAGACUCAGGCAACAUUAAAGCAAUCGAACAGUACUUUCAGCAAAAUGUCAACUAAGCAGACUUUCUAAGAAUAGAAGACAAGAUUAAUUAAUCAGAAAGGUUACCUUGGUUUGUUGUUGAAACCAUCUGAGCAUAAACUUCUAAGUUUGGAAUAGCAAUAAUAACAUUAAGAUUAAAUGAGAGAGAAUUUCAGAAAGAAAAGAUCUGGUAGUGUGAAUUAAAUUGUACUUAAUAAUCAAGCUGAAGUAUAAAGAAGGAUGUCUAGUGAUUCUAUGUUUCUAACCAGUAUUUUGGAGCAACAUCAUAAAAAGCAAUCAAUGGGAAUUGAAACUAAGCUACCCGCUUUAGCUGAGCUUGACAACUCAAUAUAAAGAAGGAAUUCUACCUUUUCAAGAAGAGGUAGUGUUGCUUCUUCUCACUCCCAAAGAAGCGCUAGUAUUGUCGGUUCUACUUAUUUUGGCAGAAAUAAGAAUUCAAUUCCUUCUUUUCUACUACCACAAGUUAAAGAAACAGACAAAUAAAAAAUGAGAAUAGAUAAGAUAAUAGACAACUGCAAGAGAUUGCAAGAAAAGGAGGCAAUAAGCAGCUAGAAAAUAAAAACAACUGCCAGGACAAUAGAUGAUGGAGUGAACUAAGAUUUCAAUAAGUUAUAAAAGAAAAUAUAAAUAAUACUGUCACUUAAUAAUGAAAUUAAUACUCGUGACUCUAAAGCUUCUCUCGUUAAUAACUUAUGA